AGACGGGCACCGGCUACCAAUACGCAUCGCCAGCGACGCCUCGCUUUGAUAACAAACAAAAAAAUAAAAUAAUUAAAUACAGGCCAACAAAGAAUACAAUAAAUAUUGUAUUAACUAAAAAUAAAAAACAUAUGUAUGUAGAAUAUACGAUUGUACACAUACUAUAUAGCACGUAGUAUAUGCGAGUUGUCGGCAUUGUUGUUCGGUGGUUCCUCGACAUCAUAAAUAAAACAAACGAAAUGUUUUGAAAGCGAAUCGAGUUGUUGUCACAACUGCAACGGGCCACACACGAUAAGCACUGUUCCUGAGUCAAGCAGAUCCCACGAUCGUCCCAGAUCACCUUCAAAGAUGAGCAACACAAUGACUGCUGCCCACGAGCCGAUCCACUAUCUGGAUAGCAUUUUGAAUGAGGAGGAGAAACGCUGCGGCGAUCAAUAUUCACAUCAAUGGCGCAAUUUCACAAUAUCCCGUUCGGGUCGCUUCAGAUCGAAGAACAAGAAACGGGAUGUGGUCGACGGCAAGCUCUUUGAUGGCAAGGAAAAUGAUAAGAUCUCAGCGCGCAAUACAACCAGCGCCAUGUCCAAAUCGUCCUCCUAUAAUUCAAAUACAACAAACUCAACAACGGGCGGCAAUAAUGCAGCGGCGCCGUCGGUGCGAAGUCAACGUGACAAAACGGAGAGCUAUAAAAGUUUUUACGAAACCAAUUUAUAGAUAAUAGCAGGGUUAUAUAUAUACUUUGACAUACA